UGAAACUUGAAAACUAGUGAAACGGAGAGGUGAAGGGGAAAAAAAAAAGAGUAGAGUGGAUAAUGGCUUCGUUAUCGCUUUGCAUAGCCAUGAGAGCACCCACUCCCUCAGCUUCUCUCAUUCUCACUACCCCAAAACCAUCUUCACUCUCUUUGAACCUUACCCGCACUUGCUCCAGCGCUCGCUCUCCGCUCCUCCAUUGCUCCUUCCUCUCUUCUCCUUCCCAUCUCUCUUCCCCUUCCUCCGUUUCAGGCUUGUCACUUGGAUUGGAUUUGACAUCUAAUGUUGGGACCAGAAGAGGAAAAGGUUCUGGCCUAGUUGUGAGGGCAGGCAAGGCUGCUCUUUGUCUGACUAAGAGAAGCAGAUCAAGAAAAUCAUUGGCACGCACUCAUGGUUUCCGCAAAAGAAUGAGCACACCAGGUGGAAGAGCUGUUUUAAGGCGACGACGUGCCAAAGGACGGAGAGUCCUAUGCACCAAGACCCACCCAAAUAGUGGGAAAUAGUGGUGAAAAGGGCUUACAUCUGUUCUAUUUCAGUGGUUAAAUUUAAUGUAUUGAUUCAUCCAAACUUGUCUGCAUUUCAAGAUUUUCAUUUUCCCCCUAAAAGUGGUUUUUCACUUUUUUGUACCCUGUAUUUGUAAAAUGUUUACUAUUUUGUAGCCUUACUUUUCGUCUCUGUCAUCUAUAAUUCUUGCCAAGUUGCAUCUACAUUUGCUUCAAAGAUGUUUACUACAAAACGAAUCACAAAUCAGACUUGAUGGAAUGUCAAACAAGAUAAUUGAUUUUGCAUGUAAAUUACUUGUGCUAUGUUAACAACUGGUAUUUUUUCUUUGUA